CAAAUGACCGCCUUCAUUGCCAUCACAGCGUGAUAAUUGAGAAAAUUAAUGAGCGCCAGUCAGCUAGAACGAGAUCGUGUAUUAAGAACCAAAGUUUCCUCCCACUAAAAUUACCCCCAGUCGCAAACAGGGUGCCCGUCGUCCCUUGCCAUGACGUCGUCUCGUCUCGUCUUUUCUCAAGACCUCUCAGCCUCCGUCGCUACUUGCACCUCUGUGGUGCGUGUCAAGAAUCUCAGAUCUAUUAUAACAGGCCCUCAUGACGCAUGGGGUCGCUCUAGCCGGCCACAGCCCUUCACCAUCUCAGCCAGCGUGGGGUUUCAGAGCUCUUUCACGUCAUCAUCAUCAACCGACCACCUUUCUGAAGAUACCGUGCAUUAUGGUCUUCUCGCAAAGGCAAUCUUGGCAAUUCUCAAUCGAAUAGCACAGGAACCCAAGGAUAGAUCUUUGAGAGAUGUUUUAGAUACUGUGUGGAUUGAUCUGAGCGGGUUCGAUACAUUCGGAGUACCGCAACAGCCUGUUGGAGGACAGCCGUUCCUCAACGUUGCUACGAUUUCUAGCUUGGAGAUUGUUGCCGAUCUACCGAAGGCGUCACUGCUCGGAGAUGGCAUUAGUAUCGCAACAGCUGCUUCGUUUCAAUGCAUUAAUGGAGGAGUCGUCGUAUCAGCUAGAACACAGUCGUUAAAGCUGCGCGAAUUGCGAGUUCCAACCCUUAUAGGUGUCAACAGCAAUGAAAGAUUGGCAAAGCAAGUCGUUAUUGCAAACCUUGAAAUUGACGGAUUGGAUGAUGCAGGAGAUACAUUCUGCUUGCUUGAAGAGGUCUUCGUGAAGGAACUGUCACAAUCAUAUUUUGAGACUUUAGAAGCAUUAAGUAUGCUCCUAGCGAAGCGAAUCACCGAUCAUUUGAAGAACACACAUGUCGCGGUACCUAAUGGAUGGCAGCUUAACAUGAGCCUCGAAAAGCCUAUUGCCAUUCCGCUCGCGGAUGCCUCCUGCGUUGAGCUGAGAAUGAAAACCCAAAGUUUGGCAGAUUAAGCUAGAUUUAGCCUUGCUACAUAAAAAGAAAUCCGAAUAAAUGACCAAACCCUCUUUCUAAUGUGCUUCCGUAUGCCAUUGUUUGACGGGGAC